UUGUCCCGCCCCUUUGAUAGAGUUACUGUGCUGUCAGUCAUUCACGAAAGAGAAAACAGUAAUAUUGUAGUUUAUAUAUUGUGCAAAUUAUUUAACAGCCCUGCCGUAUCGAGAUCGCUGUUUUGAGUACACAUUCCAGGCCGAACAGUGAAAUAUCCUAAAGUUUGAUACAGCAGGUCAACAUGAAAGCGCUGAUCUUGGUUGGUGGCUAUGGGACAAGACUUCGACCCCUGACGCUGAGCGUGCCAAAGCCAUUGGUGGAGUUCUGCAACAAGCCCAUUCUUCUGCACCAGGUGGAAGCCCUGGUGAAGGCUGGUGUGAACCAUGUCAUCCUGGCUGUCAGCUACAUGUCUGAGCUGCUGGAGAAGGAAAUGAAGGCCCAGGAGCAGAGGCUUGGGAUUCGAAUAUCCCUCUCUCAUGAAAAGGAGCCAUUGGGAACAGCGGGGCCCUUAGCUCUGGCCAGGGAGCUUCUGACUGACAACACAGAGCCCUUCUUUGUGCUUAACAGCGAUGUCAUCUGUGACUUCCCCUUCGAGGACAUGCUCAAGUUCCACAAGCACCAUGGCAAGGAGGGCACCAUAGUGGUGACCAAGGUGGAGGAGCCCUCCAAAUAUGGAGUAGUGGUGUACGAUGGGGAAAAUGGACGCAUUCAUCGCUUUGUGGAGAAGCCCCAGGUUUUUGUAUCCAACAAGAUCAAUGCAGGAAUGUACAUCUUCAGCCCUACCAUGCUGGACAGGAUCCAGCUCAGGCCGACGUCCAUUGAGAAGGAGAUUUUUCCAGUGAUGGCUCUGGAGGGACAUCUGUAUGCCAUGGAGCUCCAAGGUUUCUGGAUGGACAUCGGUCAGCCCAAGGACUUCCUGACAGGUAUGUGCAUGUACCUGCAGUCCGUGAGGCAGCACAGCCCUGAGAAACUGCGCACUGGAUCUGGCUUCGUGGGAAAUGUACUGGUGGACCCCACUGCUCAGAUCGGGGAGAACUGUACCAUCGGGCCUAAUGUGACAUUGGGGGCAGGCGUGGUGCUGGAGGAUGGGGUGAGGAUUAAGCGCUGUACAGUGCUGAAGGGGGCCCGGGUGCACUCCCACUCCUGGCUGGAAUCCUGCAUCAUAGGCUGGAGCUCUUCUGUGGGCCAGUGGGUGCGGAUGGAGAAUGUGACUGUCCUGGGGGAGGAUGUCAUCGUGAAUGAUGAGCUCUACCUGAAUGGGGCCAAUGUGCUGCCCCACAAGUCCAUUGCAGAAUCCGUACCUGAGCCGCGUAUCAUCAUGUAGGACAGGAGCUCACUGGACACAGGUGGCAGUGUGUCAAAGAGAGACCAAGCCACAGACUGACAAAGAGCCGAGGAGAGAGGCUGCCAGUGUUCAAAUUCAUGUGUAGCUGCUGUGGGGCCGAGGGAUUUGGUUAAAGGUGUGUGUGCUGGUUGCUGUACAGGUGGGCAUGAGAGCAUGGUUGAGGUUUUUUUGGGAACCUGCAUACUAAUGAAAGAAAGGAGAAGAGCAAAGUUUGUGCAUUUAGAUUCAAAACUGUUCAUCUCUGGUGAUUUGCACAUUUCAAGACUGCUGCUGAGGUUGCUGCCAGGGACAAUUUUCAACAGUUUCCUUUAAAUGUUUUUUUGUUGUUGUUGUAACAGACUCUGGGAAUGAUGGGGUGGAAGAGGCUUAAUAUCACAUGGCCUUAAGAAGUUAACAGAUUUAGUAUUGUAUUAUAUAAGCAGGUAGUUUACAACUGGAAUUUAGGGACAUGUUAGUUCUGGUAAAGUGGAAGUGCUUUCCUCUUGUUUCUAAAGUCUCUUAAAUAUAAAGUUAUAUUAUAUUAAGUUAUAUAUUAUAAAGUUUCUUCAUGUUAUGAAUAAUUCCGGAAAGGGAGUCAAGUAUGAUGAAGAUCUAACACGUUUGACCUUAACCGAAUUAGUCAAUGAAUGUUUAGUUCACAAUCUCUAAACGCUAAAACAGGGAUUAGUGGUAUUGUAUUGACGUGCAUGCACAGUGACUGCUGUAAAUGGGAUGUCCUUGCUCAAUUCUUCAUGAGGAAGGCCAGCGCUAGGCGACUGCAAGUGUGUCUGUGUGUGGAUGAGGGAGAUAGGCAUGUGUGGUUUAGGAAUCAAGAUGAAUAAAAGUGUUAAACAGUGGCGGGGUGAUGUGUAAAAUACCAUGAAGCAGAAGAAUGAAGGAGUUUGGACAGAGGCAGCCUUGUACGAUUUAUAGAAAGCCGGGAGGGAACACCGCUCCUCUUCUCCCUGUGUCUCUCAGCACACACUGCACCGGGACCUCCACACUGUGGCACUCCUGCACCAGCAGCGCCUAAGACCUGGGAAACCAGCUUCCGAAAGCCAGCGUCAGCCACGAAAGCUGCCCCCAGAGAACAAUGGACAGAAGUGAAUCUGUAAUGCAAAUAUUUUAUGGAAGCAUUUUUUUUAAAUAUAGAUUAUUGACCCAUUCUAAA